UGUUAAGACCCUUUUGUUUCUUGGAGCACUGUGAGCACUCCCCUUACCUUUAUUCUACCCAGUCUUGAAUUACCUGUACUCAGGAAUCGUGUUUCUGGGACCCUGGGCUUUCGGUGUGACUUGAAGGCAAAUGAUGCAGCCAUUUUUCCCCUGAAUUUUCAAGAGGUGAGGGGGAAGGUACUUAGGUCUGACGUGGGAUGUCCCGCUCUGCUGGUGGAGACACUCUGCCCUUGGCUGAGUGCGUUCACGUCAUGUGGUUUGCAGAAAUAAAGGUAGCGCUGAAUGGCACGGGGUUCUCCUCUUCUUCUGAACCCUGUAGGAACUGUGAUCUUCCCGGAAGAGUGAGCCAGAAUCCAGCCCCACCUAACCCAGAACAUCUCUAUACGGGAGGCUCCCUGACAGCUAACUGGGCAGUUUUGGCUCUGCAUUCUCCACAACCAUGCACCUGCAUCUUUCAGGGUUACUCUUCUUCCUGGUGAUCUCUCUGCCUGCAGGUAACUGUGCGGUCGGGAAUAAAGGUGUAGAAUUUCAAACGUGUACCGCAGUCAACGGCGUUUGUUUCUUUGGCUGUCGGCCAGGAUGGAUAUGGGUCGCCUUCUGUAACAACCUAAUGUCCUGCUGUAAAAGGGACAAUGAAUUUGUACUUCCUCAAUCCAAAGGUAUAUGACCUAUGUAUGCUUCCCAGCUCCAAUUAAAGAGCUAUGUGAAUGAAUAAAGAGUUCCCAAUCUGUCUCCAAGGUCCAAGGGCUCAUUAAGAGAGGUUGUGGAGCCGGGCGGUGGUGUCGCACGCCUUUAAUCCCAGCACU